ACAGCGCUCGACGCGCCAGAAUCAAGUUCAGUUGCGCCGCAAACGCGUCGCGGAAAUGUUUCGCUGCUUCAGCUGCUGCUGCCACCGUCCGCAAGAAAUCGAAUUCGAAAUCGAAACCGAAACUGAAACGGAACCCGAAAUUGAGUUUUCAUUUAAAAUUUAAAGCCAUUUAAACGUCCCUUUUUGAAUUGCGCAUCCUUGGCAACCGUUAAAGAAACGCAUUAAAAACCCGAUACAACGAAUCGGGAAUCCAAACCGCUUGAUAGUUUUACUUUCCUCUCUCCCUAAAGUUCUCAGUUGGCGUCAUGAGGGAACCGCUGCCCGCGGCGCUGCUGACGGCGAUCCUGCUCCUGUGGCUCGGCUCGGCGGUGCCACCGACCACUGGAUCUGCGGUGCUCAUAUCCGACAUGACCAUGAGCGUGAUGGUGGAGCUCUCCUCGCGACAUCCCUUCUGCAAGAUGCACACCGAUCGUGGGGAUAUCCAGCGCAUGUUGCUGCAAUCGGAUCCGCGCCGCAUACGCCAGGUGCCGCGGGAGUCGGUGAUGGAGCUGGAGGAGGUGUGCCGCCGGCAGGGAUCGUAUGGCCACGAGUUUCGCGGCGGCCUGGGCUUCAUCUAUCCGGGCACCAAGUGGUGCGGACCGGGCACGGCGGCCACCAGCUACGAGGAUCUGGGCGCGCAUGCACGCGAGGAUCGCUGCUGUCGCGAGCACGACAUGUGUCCGGAUGUGCUCAAUGUGGGCGAGUGCAGGCGGGGAUUGUGCAAUCGCGGCACAUUCACCAGGAGCCACUGCGAUUGUGAUGCAAGAUUCAGGCGUUGCCUGCAGGCGGCGAACACGGAGACGGCCAAUACGCUGGGCGCCAUCUUCUACAAUGUGGUGCAGGUGACGUGCUUCCAGGAGCGGAGUCCCUGCUCGGCACACCAGAGGUUCGAGGACUACUACUACCGCACCGAUCACUGUCCGGCGGAAUACCGGCAGGCGGAUCUCUAUGUCCCGCCGCACGCGGACAAUCUGAUAGCCAAGAUCCUGGCCCAUCCGCAGGGCCGGGCCCUGGCCGCUCCAGCCUGGUCGCUGCCCGCCAAGUCGACGGCGCGCCGCUGGGGCGUCAAGUUGGCUAGCGUUGGCUUGGCGGCGGUGAAUAUCCUGCGCGAGGUGGUGCAGCGACCGCGUCUCCUCUGGGACAGCCUGCAGGUGCCAGUAGCCAGGGAGCUGCCCCCUCCAUCGCCGCCACAAAGGUAUCAGGAUGCGGGCUACCACUACGAGCGACCCGGACCCGGCGCCACCUACGGAUAUGGCCCAUACAGUGGUCGCGGCUACGGGGGCUUCGACACUCCAUGGAGCUAGUUGGAGCGCUGCUGCGAAUGCCCCCGAAGACUGUUCCGCGCGGUGGGUGGUUGGGUGGCGUCCAAUGGUGAUGGGGAAUAGUUGUUCCUGUGGGCGAGUAAUCCAAAGUGUGUCCUAUAGUCGUAGCAACUCAUGCAGCAUACUAGAUUAGUUCCUGGCGGGAUUACAUGUGCAGUAUAUCAACUUGAAGUGCCAAGGGAAAAAAGGCAACAAGUACACUUUAACAGAAGAAGAAACCUUUGUUUCCUCCUGUUUGAUAUUCCGCGAAAGUUUCAUUCUCAUAGGUACUUGAUAUUCUGGAAAAGUUCCAUUAUCACAUUCUCAGAGCAUUACCAUCUGAAUGUGGGAAGCGAAUGUGUGAAAAUUUAAUGCUUUAAAUGGGUUUUAUUGUGUAAGUUGCCCUUUGUGAGUCAUUAGGCUGUACAGUGUUAGUUCUUAAGGCAGCGAAAGUGGCAGGCAUUUAAGCAGGAUUUACUGUAGUCAUGAACAUAUUUUUAUAGCAUUCCAAAGUCAAGCAAUAACCAUAAGCCAGUGAAGAUUACUCUGCCAGCAGGAUAACUAUUCGCUAGGCCAAACACCUUGAGUUGCACACCUGCUCCUCCGUUUAGUAUUAGUAGUCAUAAGUUGUCCUAAUCCUAGCCACUUACUGUAGUUUGUAGUAUGUAUCUAUCUGCAUGUGUGAUUGCCAUUCACGUUCUGCAUGUACCGUGUUCAAUAGUUCACUAGUUGAUUAGUUAACCAGGUGACCAGUUGCUCACCAUGGACAGUGUUUGCUGUGGAAAUAAACCUCACUGAGAAUCGCAUGCCUGCGCUCUUCCUUUCCAUUCCUUUCCUUUUCCGGUGAAUGAAU